CACAGAACACUAGCCUAAUUCUACAGGAUCCAAGCCACUGACUUCAACACUGGGUGUCUCAUAUUUAACGAGUCUUCAUCCAUGACAUAAUGGAGUUGAUUCUGUAUGCACAGACCGUGCUUGCCUGGAUGAUAGCUGUUUGCCUUGGGAAGUUUAUGAGGCAGAGAGAAGGGAGUGGAUAAGGGGAGGGGGGAAGUGAGUGCAGGCUGCUGCUGCUGCUGCUGCUGCAGCUGCAGCACUACAAGACGCUGUCAGCAACGGAGCAGCUGAGGUCUGCACGCAGAUGUCUGAGAGCACAGCAGGAAAAAGACCAAUAACAUGUUAACCAAGGGGUCAAAUCAUCACAAAGACCGGAAUCUGAGCAGAUAGGACGAAGACACUCAACACUAAGAAUUUUGAUCAGCUUUGGGGAUGAACAGCUGCCAACUGUGGGAUUUGAAGAUGUGGGCGUUGAUGGGAGUAGUCUGUCUAUGCCACUGUGUCUUUGGACAGCUGCUUGAGACUAAACUGAAAGGAGCGCCACGACUGAUCUGCAGUGUCCCCGGGUCACCGGGACUGCCUGGCAAACCUGGUCCCAGCGGGCCCCCAGGAGCAGAUGGGAAUGUGGGUAUCCCAGGAAGAGAUGGCAGAGAUGGCAGGAAGGGUGAAAAGGGAGAAAAGGGAGAAACAGGGUUAAAGGGCAGAGUUGGCCCAACAGGUAAGAUUGGAGGCCGAGGCGAUCGUGGUCCUGCGGGGAAACGAGGCCCUAGAGGAGAGAACGGAGAUGGGGGCCCACUUGGUCCUCCAGGCCGUGUCGGAGAGAAAGGGGACAAGGGCGAAAGAGGGCCACGUGGAACUGCAGGAAUCUGCAAGUGUGGCAGCCUGCUGCCUAAAUCGGCCUUCUCUGUGGGAAUCACCAGCAGCUACCCUACAGAGAACAUCCCCAUCAAGUUCAACAAGGUCCUGUUUAAUGAGGGCGGACACUACAACCCACAGACGGGCAAGUUCAUCUGUGCAUACCCAGGCAUUUAUUAUUUCUCCUAUGACAUUACACUGGCCAACAAACACCUGGCCAUUGCUCUGAUGCAGAAUGGUCAGUAUCGCAUCAAAACCUUCGAUGCCAACACAGGGAACCAUGACGUAGCAUCUGGGUCCACUGUGAUGUACCUGAACCCAGAAGAUGAGGUGUGGAUGGAGAUCUUCUACCACGACCAGAAUGGUUUAUUUGCAGACCCAGGCUGGGCUGACAGCUUGUUCUCUGGCUUCCUUCUCUAUGCAGACACAAACUAUUUUGACGCACUGGCAGAGGACUAUGCAUAGAACCUGGAAAACACAAAACAGAAACUGCUAGUCACUGUUGUUUUGAUUUACACAUAUGGUAUUGUCAAACUAUAUUUUUAUACACAUGUGUGUACGGCUUGUUAUAUUAUUACUAUAGAGACCUAUCUACUGAUUUGAAAUUAUAUUAUUUGAUAAAGCUUGAAUAAGUUUCUGAUAUAUUUGUUUUGAGUGGAAGUUGGAUCAAGAAUAACUUAAAUAAACAUUGUUGACAUGUA